UGAUCUUUUUUUUCAAAGAAACGACUUUUGCUUUCUGAUCGGAGGGGAAUAGAAGGAGAGAGAUGGCUCGUACGAAGCAGACCGCUCGCAAGUCGACGGGAGGAAAGGCUCCCAGGAAGCAGCUUGCCACCAAGGCUGCCCGUAAGUCUGCCCCAACUACCGGUGGAGUGAAGAAGCCCCAUCGAUACCGCCCUGGAACUGUUGCUCUUCGUGAAAUCCGCAAGUAUCAGAAAAGCACAGAACUGCUGAUCAGGAAACUGCCAUUCCAGAGGCUUGUCCGAGAAAUUGCUCAGGACUUCAAGACUGACCUGCGGUUCCAGAGCCAUGCCGUCCUUGCUCUGCAAGAGGCAGCAGAGGCGUACCUGGUUGGACUGUUUGAGGACACUAAUCUCUGCGCCAUCCAUGCUAAGAGGGUGACCAUCAUGCCGAAAGACAUCCAGCUGGCCAGGAGGAUCCGUGGUGAGAGGGCUUGAUCUGUUGAAACAUCUUCAUCAGAUGGAUGCUAAGAUUGACCCCUCCCUCCUUUCCAUAUUUAAUCCCUUCAAAAUCUAAUAUGCAUAUACAAACGGUAUGAUAUGUUAGGGAAUAGUUGGCUAGUCGCAUGGCGUUCUCUGAACAUAUGCUUUGAACUGCUCUUAUCACUUUUUUUUUUCCUUUCUGUGGUUUGUGUUGAUGUGGUUGUCUGUCCGUUAAAGGAUUUUUAGUACUAAGAUGUGCGUGAUUCUGUUUUCAAUUCGUUUUAUUGUCUGGAGGGAGGUAAAAAUGUUUACUCUCUGAACUCUCAAAGACUAUUCCAUUCUGUGGUAAUGUCUCUUAUUAGUUCACUAA